CUUGUAAUGCACAAUCGUAUGAUGUUCCAAAUUCAUUUUAGAAUAUCGUGAGACCAAGUAAAGAUAAUGAGUAACUUCAUGUCAUAUCCAGUUCCGCCAACAGCGUCGCAAGAUGUAUUGGAUGAUAGUGUUUAUUCUAAUAUGUUCAGAUAGUCUGAAAGCUGUGGCGUCCACAAAUUGUCGGGAUGACUACACCUCAUUUCGAGGGUCUUGUUACCAUUUUGGGCAUGUGCAGGGAACAUACACUGAGUCGGAGCACUAUUGUCGACAACGUGGGGGUCAUCUAGCACACAUUAUGACAUCGUUGGAAAACGAUUUCGUCAAGAAUCAUGCCAGAGAAAUGCAACCUCACCACUGGUGGAUCGGUCUGAACGAUCAGGUUGUGGAAGGACACUUCAUUUGGGAUGACGACGAUACAGAGGCGACAUUUACAGACUGGGGCACCAAUCAGCCCCAAGGAGGUGCCGAAGACUGCGUUGCUCUCGACUAUCUGGAUGGCUUUAUGUGGGGAGAUUUUCCAUGCACAAUGCAGCUGUUUCCAGUCUGCAAAGCACAACCAGAAGGAGAAGAAAUUAUAGGGUAGCAGCAAGCUGAGGCAGUUACACAGUAAAAAUGGAAUUGUUUAAAAAUAAAAACACACGUCAAUAAAA